AAAAUGGUGACCAAUGGCUUGAAAAUCACAUAGAAAGUUAGAAACUAGAUGAGAAAGAAGACUUUUGAGCCCCCGCUAGCACGCCAUUGAGUCAAUGGAGUUUUGGUCCCAUAAAAAAAUGAUCAACUUAUCUCCACCACUCGCUCCACUGGCUUCUUUGCCUUUCUUUGCCUUUCUUUGCCUUCACACAGUAUCCACCUCUCUUACCACCAAUGGACUCACAACUCCUCUUCUUCCUCCUUUCCCUCUGCCUCUCCCUCUCCUCUGUCUACAACGCUUCAGCCUACAACCCAACCACUGCUUACUUUCUCAACUGCGGCUCCUCAACCAACAUCACCUUCUCUGAUGAAAGUAGAACCUUCACUACAGACUCACCAUUCCUGAUCUCAUCCUCAACCUCCAAUACUGUAUCAGUCACAGACCCAAUUAACCAAUCCAAUUCUCUCUACAACACUGCCAGGCUCUUCACCCAAACCUCUUCCUAUAACUUCCCCAUCAAGACCACAGGUACCUAUGUUCUCCGUCUCCAUUUCUUCCCUUUCAUUACAAAAAGUUACAACCUAAUUAACUCCUCCAACUUCAAUGUCUCUUCUCCCCAAACCCAAACAUUCCUCCUCGGCUCUUUCUCACCAUCCAAGUCCAACACAAGCACCAUCAAAGAGUACUACCUCUGGCUCGACACUGACGGUCUCAUCCUCACCUUUACUCCCAACUCUCCAUCUCUAGCUUUUAUCAGCGCCAUCGAGCUUUUCACCGCACCUCUUUCACUCAUCAACGACACCGAGCCAACAACAGUUUCCACAACCGGACAAAACUUCAACAUCGGCGACCUCAGUCGUCAGUCGUUAGAGACCCUCUACCGUGUUAACGUCGGCGGCCCACUUAUAACUCCGACCAACGACACUCUCUGGAGAACCUGGAUUCCCGACGAUCAGUUCCUCUACUCCAUUUCCUCCUCAUCUAAAGAGGAUUCCACUAGUACUGACAAUAUAAAGUACGGGCUUGACACUCGUGAGGUCGCGCCUCCGUUCGUCUACAGCACUGUUCGAGAGAUGAACAUCUCGAGCAUUACCCGGGUUGCCAAUUCCAACUUCAACUUCAACCUGACAUGGACCUUCAAAGUGCCGGCUGGGUACAAGUACUUCAUUCGCAUGCACUUCUGCGACAUCGUCUCCAACCAGCCUCUUGACUUGAUCUUCGAUGUCUAUAUUGGUGACGCCUCUGCGUACCCAAACUUGCAGCUUGGCUCACUCACUCACCUAAGCCUGGAUGCUGCCUACUACUUGGACUUCAUCACCGAUGAAGACAUUGUCGAAAAUUCUGGUUUACUGAACGUGAGUGUUGGCCGGUCCAGUAAGAGCACUCCGGACACUGCAAAUGCUAUCAUGAAUGGGUUGGAGAUCAUGAAGAUCAACAACUCUGUUGGUAGCCUAAAUGGUAGCUAUAACUCCUUUGCUUCAAACUCUGUGAAGAGAUCCACCCAUGUUGGUAUCACUGUUAUCAUAGUUUCAGUUGUUGCUGCUGCAUUGGUUAUCAUCAUCAUAGCAAUCACCGUCAUCAUCUUGACACGCAAGAAAAGCAAACCGGCGCCGGCGCCAUCGCCAUUGACACCAAAAGCAAACACCACAGCGCCAGUCUCUUGGUCACCUUACCGUAACGACAGCAUAGACAAGUCCAGCAGCGGAGCAACGCCGAGAAUGAAGGUGGAGCUCGAGCUCUACAUCUCUUUAUCAGACAUCAAGCUCGCAACCAAUAACUUUGAUGAGGCACUCCUCAUUGGCCAUGGUGGCUUUGGAAAUGUGUACAAAGGUGUUCUCCGUGAUGGCACUGAGGUUGCAGUGAAACGAGCCAUGCGUGGGUCAAGACAAGGUUACCCUGAGUUCCAGAACGAGAUUAGUCUUCUUUCAAGGAUUCGGCACCGCCACCUUGUGUCCUUAGUUGGUUACUGUGAUGAAAUGGGGGAGAUGAUCCUUGUCUAUGAAUUCAUGGAGAAGGGGACAUUAAAAAGCUACUUAUAUGGUUCACCAGUCUUGCCAUUCUUGACAUGGAAACAGAGGUUGCAGAUAUGCAUUGGAGCUGGCAGAGGUCUUCACUACCUCCACACUGCUCACUCUCAAGUCAUCAUCCAUAGGGAUGUGAAGUCAACUAACAUACUUCUAGGAGAGGAUUUCUUGGCCAAAGUCUCAGACUUUGGGUUGUCCAAGUUGGGGCCAUCUUUGGGAGAGACUCAUGUGAGCACUGGAGUGAAGGGGAGUUUUGGGUACCUUGAUCCAGAGUACUUCAAGAUGCAAAAGCUUACUACCAAAUCAGAUGUUUACUCUUUUGGUGUUGUUCUUUUUGAGGUUCUCUGUGCAAGGCCUGUGAUUGAUCCUAUGCUUGGUAGGGACGAGCUCAACCUUGCAGAGUGGGCUCUGCUUUGCCAAAGAAAAGGACAGCUUGAGAAAAUCAUAGACCAGAGAAUUGCCGGGCAGAUUAAUCCCAAGUCAUUAAAGAAGUUUGGGGAGACUGCUGAGAGGUGUUUGGCUGAGUAUGGUGUUGAUAGGCCAACCAUUGGAGAUGUUUUGUGGAACUUGGAGUAUGCUUUGCAGCUCCAAGAAACAGAGUUGAGGAGGGAGCCACAUGAGGAUAGUGGGACUGUGGAUCCUCCAAUCCACUCUGUAGAUUUAGCGAGGAGAGUGCCAUCCAUUAGUGCCACCAUUGAUGAAGAUGAUUUGAUUGGGAUGAGUAGUACGCAGCUGGAUGCUAAUCCUAGCAAGGUGUUCUCACAGUUGAUUAAUGGUGAAGGCAGAUGAACUACCUGAUCACCAUCAUGGUGAUGAGUUUUUAUUGUAUAAUAAUAAUAAUGAUAAUUACUAGGGGUGUAUUUUCUUUUGGGCGGUGCUAAAGAUUGAAGUUCAAUGCCGGAUGAAAUAUGGCAAAUAACCGAGGGGAGA